CGCACAAGGAAGUGUAUGUACAGGGGAGCAUCAAAGCAAAGGGAUCAAAACAGGUUGGCUGUAAAUAAUCUACAUUAUGUAAGCAAUGUCCUAGGCAUAAAAGACCCAAUACAUAAGCAAAAAAUAUCUCUUAAAGCUAUGGAUGUUGUUCUAUUUGGACCGCCACGAGAAACAGGCACUCGCUGGAAGGAUUAUAUUCUUGUCACUCUUUUAUUAAGUGCUAUAAUAGGUUGUUGGUAUGCCUACCAACAAAAUAAAAAUGCUAAGCGGCACUUGCGUCGCAUGGCACAGGACAUGGAAGGAUUACAACGGGCUGAACAAAGUCUACAGGAAAUGCAAAAGGAAUUGGAGCUAGCUCGUAUGGAGCAGGAAAAUGUUGCAACGGAGAAAAUGGAUCUUGAAAGGCGCCUCAAAGAAGUGCCUUCCCUUAGUUCGUCUAGCUCAGAUCUUGAGGUACAGCAGCUAAAAAAAGAAAUUGAAAUGUUGCGCAAUGAAUUAACACGUGCUGAGUUCGAGCUGGUUGAUAAUUGCUGGGCGCCCCCCCAGCAGUUGCAAUCAUGGUUACAGUACACAUAUGAGCUAGAAAGCAAGAACCAUCAAAAAAAACGCAUUUGUGCUGAGAAACAACUUCAAUCCGCUCGCGAAGCAUGUGAAAAAUUACGUAAAAAGCGAUCAAGCUUGGUUGGCGCUUUUGUUUCAACCCACGGUAAGAGCAUUGAUGACGUUGAUCGCUCUAUUGUCGAAGCUCGUAAUGCUCUUGGAGAAGUAACCAACGAGUUACAGGAACGCCUGCACCGUUGGAAGCAAAUUGAAACGUGCCUAGGCUUAAAUAUUGUCAAUAACAACGGAUUAACAUACUUAGAGAAUGUUCUCUAUAGCCGUAAUGGUGGCAUUACUGGCAGCAUCGGUGGUAUCAAUUCCGCAAAGGGUUCUAGAGCGCGGAUCACAUGCAGCACGGACGACUUAGAUGAUGAUUCAGUACAAGGCUGCAAAUCGGUUGUUGGGAGACAUACAUCAUUCUGGAGAUUUUAAAACUUAAAAACAUAUAUGUAUGUGACUCUGUAUAAAUUUUGAAAAUAUUAAACUUCGUUAACCACCACUAAA